CUUUGCAAAAUAUCAAAAUUAACAAAAUAAUUGAAAACAUUCUAUAUUUUAAACAGUAUAUAACACAAGUUUUAACCCAAAAUAAACGCGUCAUAACAAUUUAUCUGUGAAUUGUGCAAUUGUCAGGAUUAUUUCCAUUAUUAACACUACAGUCACUUAAAGAACAAGUAACCAUUUUAGAAAAGUUACUUGUUAAAUAUAACAAACAGUAUACUAAAAAAUUACAAAAGAGCUAUUAUUUCUUACGUGCCGAUAUGUGCAGACCUGUCAUUCAAAAUCUGUUACAGAGUCAUGACCUCAGGCUUCAGUAUAUAUAAAGGUACUCUGUGCCUCAGGCCUUGUCAACUAAUGUAUGGGACCUAUGCGGCAUUAAUAAACAGUAGCGUCAUCGACUAAAUUCGCUAAGAACUACGUCGGCUUCGCAGAUCGAUGUAGUACUUAGUAAACCGCGUAGAUGGCGCGGUAACAAAAUUAUUUAUUUGGUCAUUUGUUUUACCAGAUUUCUACCACAAAAUUGCCAAGUUAUUUGAAAACCUCUAAAAUGAGAGUAUUCACCAAUUGAUUUUGUAUCUAUCUAUUGAUUUUAAAAUACUAUGUUGCUUUUUUUAAUUUGUUAUUCUGGAUUUUCUUUCGAUUUUGUUAAUUUGGGAAUUAUCUGAGUUUUCCAAAAAAUCGUCCUAUAGACUGCGCUUUACAAACUGGUAGUUGUACAAACUGGUAUAAAGAAAAAUAUUGAUUACGUUUGAUCAGUAAAUAAACUUGAUUAAAGCAUCAGCAACAGAUCUUUUUUUUAACUUAUUAUAAACCAGUGCUUCACCACGAUCCCAUCUGGUGGUAAGUGGUGAUGUAGCCCUAGAUGGUAAAUCGCACUGUCUUAGCGUAACAAAAGCCUUUUCACUCUUGCCUUGAAGGCACCCAGAUUGUAUUCGGACGGAAAGAUAAACGCUGGCAAAUUAUUCCACUCCUUUGCAUUAGAAAAGACGAAGCAAAUAAUAAUGCGUAGAAUAUCGGCAACUAAGGGGUGAAGACCCGCCGACCGCCUGGUUGUCCAAUGACGGAAAGGAGAGGAAGGAAUUAAAGCGUGUAAUUCCUGCGCACACUCACCGAAAUGCAUCCUAUAAAAUACCGGCUAUCUUGUCCAUGUUUAUAGAAGAAUAUUUAAUUUAUAAAAUGGCAGCACUUAAAAAUUAAAAAAAACAAGCGUGCAUGUUUUCAUUCACUUCAAAUUUCAACGAUUUGUGACGAUUUGUUGAUUGAUGUUGUUUUUGUUUUUCCUUUAAUUUGUUACUUUAUUACACUUCUGUUUCUCCAUUAUUGCGUUGAGUUGAGUGAAUUUCGCUCCUCCGCAUUAGUGUCGGUCGAACCAGAGCAGUGUUGUUGGUGACAAGUUGAUAAACUCAAGUGAGAUACGGACUCUUUUCAUAGUUUGUGUAAAAUUGUGAACUUAAUUAGAUAUCCACCUUCUUACCUAUUUCACUAUGGCACCCAACAUUUAUAGGAAAUGUGCAAAAUGUGGGCGAUCUUCCAAACAAGUGCCAGGCAUUAAACUGUCUCGGUUUCCUAAACCUGGGCCUAAAAAUGCUAUUCGGUAAGUUUGUUUGUACUUUUCAUAUACAUAUUAGGUAUCAAGUUACUUUAACUUCUACAUUAAUAGUGUUUUUGUUGUACAACUACUGCGGCCCCCACAUUACACAUAGAAUCCUGCUAUUUGUUUUUAUAUACAUACAUUACAUUUUAAUAAAUAUAUUGCGAUGACAAAGUUUUCUUUAAAAUUUUCUCUAAGGGACUCUUUACAAUUUAAGUUAUAAAUCGCCCAUACGGCUCUCUUUUGCAAAACAAAUAUGGCAUCAAUGUCAGUUGCAUUAACCCAUAUCAAUAUUCAAUACGACAUUACACUAUGAAUGCAUAGUAUAAUCAAAUUUAAAUACAUAGGUAAGAAUGCACUAUGUUGUGUUUCAGCUGUGAAUCAUGGGCGAGAUAUUGCUUCCCUAAUUCCUCUUGGUCAUCUCUGCAAUUUCAAGAAAGGUUAUAUUCUGAAAAUAAGGUGCUGUGCGUUGAGGUAAAUCACCUAAUAAUAAUAUGUUACUCUUCUGCUUCUUACUAGGCUAUUUUCAAUAAAAACAAAAACAUUUCAUAUAAAACAGGUUGCUAAGAAUCACAAACUUAAUCCAAAUUUUAUACUUACAAGAAAAAUCCAAUCUUCUAUACCUAUAUAAAAAUUGAUUGCUGUCCAUUAGUCUUGCUAAAACUCAAAAACGGCUCAACCUAUUGUGAUAAUUUUUUUGUGUUUGAAUGGGUCUCUAGAUGGUUUAGGGUUCACAUUUGAACCUGGUAGGUGGUGCUUUUGUCGAUAUCUAGAAAUCGCCCUUGUGAAGCAGAGGCAGAUUGCUAAUAUUUUAUAUUUUUCAAUGUAGGCAUUCUUUUUUAUUUAUGUAAUUCAAAUUCAAUAAAAAUGUUAGGUAUUGUUGUAGCACUCUUACUUUUGUCCCUAACUUUGUCUAAAUAAUAAUUGAUAAUGUUAUUUUUCAGGAUCAAACUCUAGCAUUGCAAGAAUAUCUGGGAUCAAGUUCAUCUCUAGAUCUCAAGUCUCAACCAGGUCCUUCCCUUGUUGAGAAUAUUACGACUACUGAAAUGCAAUAUCACAAAAAUCAAGCUGCAGCUCAAGAUCUCGAGUGUCAACCAGGUCCAUCUUUUUGCAAUGUUCUUAAGAACAUUACAAAUUCUUAUACACAGCACCACAAAAUGAUUGUCUGUAAAGAAAUACAGAAACAAACUUUUAAAAAAACUGACAGAGAAAAUUAUUUAUACAACAAAUGUAGAAGACAAGUGAAAAAAAUUUGUCAACUAAAAAGAACAAUUCAGAAGAUGAGAAAAGGAGAUGCCCUCAACAUUUUAGAAAAAAAUAAGUCUGUAGCAAAACUAAUGCAGAGGCUGACGCCGUCUUUUGCGCUGAUGCUACAGGCUCAAUUGAAAAAUGAUAAAAAGAAAUUUAAAGGCAGAAGGUGGACAUUCGACGAAAAAGUAAUCGCAUUGAGGUUAUUUAAAAGGUCCCCGACGUGUUACCGAUUAUUAAGAAGGAUGUGGUGCCUUCCAUCACCUAGCACAUUAAAUAAUUUAUUGAGGUUAUUUUCAUUAAACGUGGGUAUCAAUGAUAAUAUCUUUAAUAGCCUAAGAGAAAAGGUAAAAAAACAACUAUUUAAAAAAACCCGCUGGGUUUCUUGCUGGUUCUUCCCAGGACAGAGGUUUUUUUUCGAACCAGUGGUAAUUAAACAAAAGAGUGAUUUUCAAUAAGUAUUAUAUAUAAUCUAUAUUGAAUAAACAAGUUUCUGUUUCUGUUUCAAAUUGUCGACAUUUUUAUAUUUAAAUUGAGUAUAUAUUAUUAUAGUUAUUUUCUAUGUGAAAAUUGCAAGAAGUUUGCAUAAUUUAAACAUUGUUUUAUAACAUAUUAAAUUACGCCGUAAACUGUAAUUCCAAUAUGCCAACUUAUUUGAAUUUAAAACAUUUUUGUAUAGUUUAGUUAUAUUUUUUUUUCCGUAUCUUUUUUUAUGGAGAAAUUAAUUUGUAAACAUAAAUUAAGAUUUACUAUACUUGCAAUCCAAACUUAUUUGUUUGGAUUCGUGAUGUCCCAGGCACUACAGCGUCUAGAAUAGCUGUUGUAAAAUUAUUGACGCUGUAUAAAUCAUCUUUAGAUGUAAAGGCCAAUUUUUCUAUUAAAACAAAAUUCAAAUUGUCGACAUAUUUUAUAUUUUAUUUAAAUUGAUUACAUAUUAUUGUAGUUAUUUUCUGUGUGAAUAUUGUAAGAAUUUUGCAUAAUUUAAACAUGUUUCAUUAAAUAUUAAGUUACGCUACACCUGUAAUUCCAAUAUACUAACUUAAAUGAAUUUAAAACAAUUUAAUAGGCUAAUUAUAUUUGUUUUUUUUUCUAUAUCUUUUGUUAUGAAUAAAUGAAUUUAAGC